AUGGCGACAGUGCGCAAGUUCUCGGCAAACAUUCUUAACCACGUAAAGGCCGAGCAUGCGGAAACUGCAUUCAAGGUCUCCUUUGUGAAUGGACAUUGGCGGCCGCCCCACUUCAGCCUGCGCCGGCAGGCGGAGCUCCGCAAGGCGUGCCUCGUGCAGGGCAUUGAUCCGACAUCCAUUGGCAUGUCCGAGCUGGCGCCCAAGAAGCCGGUGCGGUCGAAGCCGCCAAAGGGACACAAGCAGCAGCGCACAUAUGCCGAGAAGCAGGCCAUGAUCCAGAAGAACCUGGACGAGAUGCCCGAAAAGAUCCGCAAGUGGAAGGAGGAUCUGGCCAAGGAGAAGGAGAAGAACAAGUCGUCGCUGCCAUUCUAG